AUGUCUGCGGUGAGCGAGAAGAUGUCGACAGAGCCGCUCUCUGCAGUCGGGGUCCUUUCUUCACACAGCGAGGCUCCAGAUGACUACUAUGUUGUAGCACAAACAACAGAUGGCUCUGACGCUGACCUGUGGAAGGACGGCUUAUUCAAAUCCAAGGUCACUCGCUACCUCUGUUUCAGCAGAAAACCUGGCCCUGAUGUUGUCGUGGAUGUGAAGUUGACUGACAUUAAGGAAGCAUUGCCAGAGGGCUUUGUUGCAGUGCACGAAACAAUGGACACAAAGGAGCCCGCCAUGAGGAAGAGGCGGCUUUGUGUGAAAAUCAGCCCACGUGCAGCUGCGCAGACGGCCGUAUUUGACAUCCAGAUCGUUGCCGGAUCCAAGUUUCAUCUUCUUCACUACACCUGCAUGGGCGAGAUCAAUAAACUGGGGAUAUGGUAUCGAAUGGGAGAGGUUCCUCAUCUGCAGUCAUCUCAGGAGAGAUUCGGCAGAGUUAAAAAUGAUGUCCCCUCUGACAUUGAAAGGACGAUCAGCGCCAGGCCGGAGUGUGAGGACCACAGCAGCGGCAGCUACACGUUGACAGCCAUGGAUGAUGUACCCUUUGAGAUCACUCAGCGAUUUUAUGAUUCACCCAAAGAGAUGCAGCAAGUCAAUUUAAUGGGCAUUACGAUCAAAUCCCUGGCAGAGAUCGAGGAGGAAUUUCACUACAACUUCAGCACAGAGCGAAGCAUUGUUGCAUAACGUUCCUCUGAAUUCCUUCAAUGUGCUGGACCACACGGGUGGACAAAAGCCAUGGCAGAAAACAACAGCGGAUUGAUGAGGUUUUGGGGGGCGAAAGCAUGGCUUUGUACCAGUGACGUGCGGUCCGGGUACGCAAGUGAGAGAGAGAGAGAGCCUCACUGCCCCCUGGUGGUCUUUCCUUUCCACUGCAUGUGAAUAGUAAAAAAAAAUAAAAAAAACCUUCUGAUUACAUGAAAGUGUUCCAUUUUAGUUCUACGGUCCGUGCUUUAGGUUGAUUUUCUUUUUCAAUCCAAUAAUUUCAAUGAUUUCAUCAUUGUCACAGCGUUAAGCCAGCGGUCCUCAACUGUUAAAAAUACUAUUUUGAAAUGUAACUCCGCUGACAUGUACCCAUUAUGUGACAGGAAAAGACAUAACGAGAACAUUGAGACUAAAGAUGCAUAAUAAACCAAGAGAAACAUUAGGAUGGUUCAGGAUUACCAACUGAAUGAAAUAUGGUCGCCCACCUCGCCCACAGGAAGAUUGUACAAAAGGGCAGAAAACAUUUAUAGCACUGCACUUGCUGACGUUUAACACACUGUCUAAUAUAUUUCACGAAAAGCGUGUGACAUUUUGUCUUUCCCAUCGACCAGAAAAGCCGCUAAAAGUGCACAGUGGAG